CUCCGGGGCUGCGCCCACACACGCGCGACUCGCGGGGAGACGCUUCGCCUGCCAAGGGCUCGGCGAGGCACCAGCUCAGCCCUCCCUCCCUCCCUCCCAUGCUGGAGGCGAGCGGGGAUCGUGGGAGAAGCGCCGGGGCAGCGCCGGGGUGCGCGGGGGUCCCGCCGGCCCUGCCCGCCCCUGCCCCGCACGGGCCCCCCGCCCGCGGCGAGAUUCCGCAGGAAAUUUAAAGAGCAUCCGGAUCCGGAGAAAAGGCACACACACACAGAGAGAGAGAGAGAAGAAAGGAGAAAGAGGAAGGGAGAAAAGAAAUCCAAGCGCGGAGAGAGAGAGAAGAGACCCCGCGGGAGGAGGGAGGACGGGAGAGACGCGGCGCCCGCCAGGGAUGGGGAAAUGAAUCCCUGUGGAGGCAACACCAAAAAGGAGCCUCAGACCCUCUAGGAGACACCUGAGGAGGAGCUGUUGGAGGAGAGACACAAACUAACUCCACGGGCCUGUAGUCCCUUACCCCUACUAACAAAUGUCAACAACUAGGGAGCAGCCAAUCUUCAGCACCAGGGCCCACGUUUUCCAGAUCGACCCGGCCACCAAACGGAACUGGAUCCCGGCCAGCAAACACGCCCUGACCGUCUCCUACUUCUACGAUGCCACGCGCAACGUCUACCGGAUCAUCAGCGUGGGGGGCACCAAGGCAAUCAUCAACAGCACCAUCACCCCCAACAUGACCUUCACCAAGACAUCCCAGAAAUUCGGGCAAUGGGCCGACAGCCGAGCCAACACCGUGUACGGGCUGGGCUUUGCCUCGGAGCAGCACCUCUCCCAGUUUGCAGAGAAGUUCCAGGAGGUGAAGGAAGCAGCUCGUCUGGCCAGGGAGAAGUCCCAGGAUAAGACAGAGCUGACCAACCCUGCCCUGAGCAUCACAUCUCACCAGGUGCUUCCCAGCCCCAUCAUCAGCUCCAACGGGCCAGGGGAGGACAAACUGUUCCGGAGCCAAAGCGCUGACGUGGAGAUCACGACGGAGAAGGAGCGGCUGAAGAAGAUGCUCUCGGAAGGCUCCGUGAGUGAGGUGCAGUGGGAGGCCGAGUUCUUCAGCCUCCAGGACAACAACAACAAGCUGGUGGCUGCUCUGCACGAGGCCAAUGCCAACGUGGACCAGUGGAAGAAGCAGCUCACGGUGUACCAUUAGGAGACGUAGACGCUGCGGCAGCGUGUGGCGGAGCUGGAGUCGCAGGGGACUCACGACUCCUCCAGCGACAACAACAAGGAGGAGCUGAGCCAAACCCUGGAGGAGCUGGAGCUGCUCAUCAAGGCUAAGGAUGAGGAGAUCCAGAUGCUGAAGAGCCAGAAGUGUGGCCGCUGGGAAGCAGAGGGGGAGCGGGAGGAGACGCUGCAGAAGCUGCAGGUGAAGGUGGCAGAUCUGGGGCACCCCUGCUCUCCCAGCACAGGGAUCCAUCCCCACGGCUGCCACGGAGCUGCCGUGCCUCUGGAUGCUGGGAACAGCUCCCUGCCCGUGUCCCUGCCUCCUUCCACCCCCAGGGAUGUGACACCCUGCCCGUGUCCCAGCCUCCUUCCACCCUCGGGGAUGUGACACCCUGCCGGUGUCCCUGCCUCCUUCCACCCCCAGGGAUGUGACACCCUGCCCGUGUCCCUGCCUCCUUCCACCCCCAGGGAUGUGACACGGGGCACAGUGAGCUGGCAUCAGCAAUCCCAGCCUUCACACACCCUCCUUCAGCACUUCCAGCAGCCCCUGACACGGGGCUAGGGCAGAACUGUGAUGUCCUGUCCCCCCUCCAUGCCCUGAAGUCCUUCAGGGCUGCUGGGACAGGGAGCAGAGCUCUGGCACAGCCUGGCUGGCAGGAGGGAGCCGAGCUGCUGCUCAGCCCCGGGCACGGGCACAGAUGGAACAGGAUCUGGGGCACUGCCUGUGUUUAUCUCUGAGGUCCAGAGCCCCUGCACGGGCUCUGUCUCGUGGCAAAACUGUCUCCAGACAUCCCCAUCAGGCCUGGGGAUGAGCCACGUGAGCUGCAGCUCCAGACCUUUGCACCUUGGAGUCCCCUAAAGAGCAACCUGAAGUGCUGAACUCGCAGCGUUUUUAGGAAAGUAAAUACAGCUGAGCAGUGGUGGGUUAAUUAAAACCUGAGACAUUUGAGUUCACGGCAGAAAUGUCUCACACCACUGUAGAAACGCUCCUGUUCAGCAGCAGCUCCUGCAUUUUUCUGGAGAGUGGGAUAAACUCAGAGAAAAAAAACCACGAGGUGAGGGCUGAACCCUCAGGACAGUGAGUGAGUCUCCAGGCACGUCCACGGCGGGUUCUGGAAGGGGGAU